AUGCUGCCACUCAGUGACAUCAUCAGAAGGCACAAUGUAUGUUUUCACAGUUAUGCAGACGACACACAACUGUAUAUUUCUGCUGAACCAAAUGAUGCUACAGCGAUAAACUCCAUCACUACCUGUCUCAUGGCAGCGAACAAAUGGAUGAGCGAUAACUUCUUAAAGCUAAAUGAAGACAAAACAGAGAUCCUGUUAGUGGGCCCCAAAACAAAAAGAGAGACGCUGUCCAUUAACUUGGGGAAACUGGCUCCCAGGAUUAAAUCUGAGGUUACAAGUCUUGGCAUUGUAUUGGAUCCAGAUCUUAGUUUCAAGUCUCACAUUAAUAAGGUGACGAAGACAUCAUUCUUCCACCUUAGAAACCUCGCUAAAGUGCGACCAUUUAUAAAUCAAAAAGAUGCUGAACAACUAAUACAUGCUUUUAUCUCAAGCAGACUUGACUACUGUAACGUACUUUUUACCGGCCUCCCAAAGAAAACUACUGACAGACUUCAGCUCAUCCAAAACUCUGCUGCUCGCUUAUUAACCAGAACCAGGAAGAGAGAGCAUAUUAGUCCGGUGUUAGCUGCCCUACACUGGCUCCCUGUAACAUUUAGAGUUGAUUUUAAGGUUUUCCUGCUUGUAUAUAAAGCACUUCAUGGGCUGGGACCGAGCUACAUUGCCAACUCCCUUAUUGGCUAUGCACCCCAAAGAGCACUGCGAUCAUCUGCUGCUGGCUUAUUGGUUCCCUACAACAGUCGAAAGAAAAUUGGGGAUGCCGCCUUUAUUACUUACCCCCCUAAGCUCUGGACACACUACCUUUAG